AUGUCUUCUAUGUCCAGGAGAUCGCCGGUGACGCCACCGUACGACAAUGAUUACAACCACAGCCCAAAGGGCCUGAUGGACCCGAACAUGAAGAUUACCCCGCCGCCCUCUUCGUGUUUACCAGUCCCUACCAUGACUUUCUCGCCGCCCGCGACCCCCCGCAGUGUCCGACCGAGCAAGAUGUCCCUCCGUUUGAGAAGCAACUCCGGCUUGACAUUACAUACAAACGAAGACGCUUUCCGCCGUUACACCGACUACAACCCCGAUGGCUCCCCGAGAUCGCCAACAUUCGGCCCCGGUACGUGGACAAGCCUCGACAGUAUCUCCACGAGUUUGCGCCGGAGCUUCGGACCGCCCGUGAUGGAAGCGGAGCCAACCGAGACGCUGCCUAUCCCUGACUUUCUGGGCCGCGAAGUUUUCCAGAUGAUUCUCGGCAAUGCGCAGACGUCACAACGAUUUUUCCACUUCGCCUCGAGCCGCGGAAGUGGUCCCGAUAUCGAGUUCCUCCUCCGAGUCCAGGAGUAUUCCCGUUGCUUGGCGCAGUUUGGAAAGCAGGCUUCAUCAAUGCCGACGCCCGCCAACCUGCCAUCCACUGUCAGCAAGUCACUCAACGCAGACAUGAAGCAACUGACUGGAUGCGUGUUGCCCGGCCUCGACUCACUCUUUGGAGAAUCCAAGCGCUGUGUAGAACAGAGAGUUGCGCGCUCCAUUUUCCCUGCCUAUGUCAAGUAUCAGCUGGCUCUCUGCACUUCAGCUUCGUUGUCGGGCAUCCGUGGUCCCAGGUACCCCGGCCUUGGCGAGUCUUUCUGUCUCACCGAUGCCUUGAAUCCCGAGAAUCCCAUCGUCGCCGCAUCGGACGCUUUUGUUUCGCUCACCGGCUUUUCCAAGAUUGAGGCUUUGCCACGAAACUGCAGAUUCCUCCAAGGUGGCCUUACCGACCAGGACACCAUCAAAAGGAUUCGCGAGGCUGUGGUGCAAGAGGAGGAAUCACUUGAGCUAAUCCUCAACUAUCGCCGCGACGGAACCCCUUUCUGGAACUUGCUCUUCACCUGCCCACUCACAGAUUCCUCCGGAAAAGUCCGCUACUACCUCGGAGGACAGGUUGAUGUUUCAGACCAUGUCACCGGCUACAAGGACCUCGUUCGGGUCCUCAACUUCGGUCCGGCGCUGGACGAAACACCGAAAGACGACAACUCGGGUCGGGAAUCUAGAAGCAGCCGGAGGAUGAGCCGAACUAGUAGCCGUGACCGCAAGACGGAACGUCGGACAAGCCUCCGCAACAGGGAUAGUCUCCACAACAAAGGACCCAAGAAAAGCCUCUUUCAACCAUUCCGGAAGCAUGCCACGCACAACAACGGCGGCAACAACAACCAGGAAAACGCGUCACCGUCGCAGGGAGUGGGGCUCGGACUUGAGCAACUCCUUACCGUUGGCUCAGAAGAACGCCUCUCUCUUGGCUCCCAGGUCGAAACCGUUUACGAGGCGUACAGCCGCUUCAUUGUUCUUCAAAACACGGAGGGUCCGUCUGGAUUCCCGCCACGCUCGUCGUCAUUGCCAGCUGAUCCGAGCAAGCGGAAAGCGCCUCAACUGAGCGUCGCUUACUGCUCUGCCGCGGCACUCGAUGUCCUCGGUCUGGGGCCUGUUGCUGACAGCAUCACGCACCGGGACAUUUUCACAGUGCUGUCCGAGCUGGCUGACUCGCCGUCCGUCACAAAGAGUUUCAAGAACACGGUGCGCGAGCGCGUCAUUCGGGACGGCAAGGCCGCCACGUUGGACGUUAUGCUGGGAGGCGGGUACCUCGCCCGCAAGGGCAGUCUCAUUGGUCUCGGCGGGGGCAGGUCCUCGAAGGACGACUCCGAUGGAAGUUCGAAGAAGCCCGGGAGGCCCGUCAGCAGGUCUGGGUUUGCAAGUCUCGUCGGCGAGGCUGGGAAGAUGGAGAAGCUCACCACCUAUUGGACUCCAUUGAAAAACGUUGAAGAGAAGGUUGAAUGGAUUGUACUCAUCAUCACGCCCAUGAAAUGA